AUACUGCAGCGAUGGCGGGGGAUUCGCCCACCGGCAAGAAGGGUAAAAUAGGGAAGGUGAUUUUUCCGUUAUCCCGGUGGGAAGUCAUGGCAGGGUUGGGUGUAUUUCUGUUGUUUUCCGUUGGAUUGGGUUGUAUUUACCUGACAAUGCCAGUUGCCGACUAUAGUAAGCUCAAGCUGCCUCGGACCCUUUCUGAUCUUCGGAUGCUCAAAGAUCAUCUUGCGACAUAUGCUAGUGUUUACCCAGCACAAUUCAUCCUUGGUUACUGCUCGAUAUAUAUCUUCAUGCAGACAUUCAUGAUCCCUGGGACAAUCUUCAUGUCCUUACUUGCUGGAGCACUUUUUGGUGUUAUCAGGGGCCUUUUCUUGGUUGUCUUUAAUGCCACUGCCGGGGCAUCAUCCUGCUAUUUUCUGUCUAAGCUAGUCGGAAGGCCUAUAGUUAAUUGGCUUUGGCCUGAGAAAUUGAGAUUUUUCCAGGCAGAGAUAGCAAAACGCAGAGACAAGUUGCUUAAUUAUAUGUUGUUGAGAGUAACUCCAACCCUGCCAAACCUUUUUAUCAACCUGGCCUCACCCAUUGUUGAUAUACCAUUUCAUAUCUUUUUUCUGGCUACUGUGGUGGGUCUGAUUCCAGCUUCUUACAUUACUGUCAGAGCUGGCCUUGCACUUGGGGAGUUGAAGUCAGUUAAAGAUUUGUAUGAUUUCAAAACUUUAUCUGUUCUUUUCCUCAUUGGAUCGGUGGCCAUAAUUCCAACCUUUUUGAAGAGGAAGCGAGUCUAUGAAUAGAGAUUCUUGUUACCACCUACCCGUCUUUUUGAGGGAAUGAAACUGGUGACAGGGUAUGAUCUGACUGGUAUACCAUUUUAAAAAGUUGGGGAACAGAGGUGCGAGUCCUUGUUAACUGCAAUGCACCUGAAGGUUAGAAGUGGGUUCGCUUCACUUGCGAUUUGCAGUCAAUCACAGCUUUAAGCAUCAAAAGAAGUGCUGAUUUAGUUGAUUUCGCAUACUAUUGGCUCACCUGUCUUCCUGGGGUUUAUGAGGCCAACAAGCUGAAAUAUAACCAAUUGCUAACUACUUUUGUAUUCCAAUAUCAGCAUAGUCAUUUGUUAGGCAAAAGUAAUGUUGUAAUUUCCUUUCCGGGUAUUUCCUUCCCUACGUCUUACUUGUUCCUUACUUUGUUACGUGUGUACCAUGUUAGGAUCCUAUUGGAUUGGACAUAGUUGAAGAUAAUAGCUCUGUUUGGAUCAUUC